CUAAUGGACUCUUCGUUGAUACGUUGGGUACACUCUAUAUAGCAGACCAGGUAAAUCAUCGUGUAAUGCGUUGGACACAAGGAGACAAGAAACAAGGCACUGUAAUUGUGGGUGGAAAUGGUCAAGGAGCAGGAGCAAAUCAGUUCAACUCCCCCGUUGGUUUGUCUUUCGAUCGACAUGGUAAUCUCUAUGUCGUCGAUAAUAAUAAUCAUCGUGUUCAACGAUUUUCUAUCGAAUAA